AUGCUAAAUCUGGCAGUGGUGGCUGCUUUCAGAUUCUACCAAUAUAUUGGUGGAUCGGCAGGUAUGUCACAUAUAAUGUUCAGGAGAGAAAUUGCUCGAGCAAUGGUAAAGGUUCAAGAACACAGGAAGAGACUUGGAGGACCCUCCGUACAGCCAGCAAAAGCAGUGAGGUACGACGGAGUGAAUCACAUUCUGGACUCAUGCACUCAAGGUAGAUGCUGCCUCUGUAUGAAGAACACACGACUGCAGUGCACAAAAUGUGGAAAGAGACUCCACAAGGUGUGCAGUGAAGCCUAUCAUCAGAAGUAA